CUUUACUCCUUUUUAAACUCACAUUUUCCCCUCACUUCACUCUCUCCUCUCUCCAAAGACUUCCUCCGACGAGAGAUUACCGGAAAAAUUAUCUUUUAUAGCUUUUAAUCGAAAAAAACUUCUUUAUGGAAGAUGAAGCCCAUGAGUUUUUUCACGCAGCUGAUCAUUUUGCCGUUGAUGACCUCUUAGUUGAUUUCUCUAACGAUGAUGAUGACGAAGAAAACGAUGUUCUUGCUGAUUCCACCACCACUACCACUACCACCACCGCCUUAACCGACAGCUCUAGCGUCUCGGCCCUUGAUCUCCCUAAUUUUAGUUGCGAUGUUCACGACGGUACUAGCUUCUCCGGUGACCUUUGUGUACCGUGUGAUGAUUUGGCUGAUGAGUUGGCGUGGCUUUCGAACAUUGUGGACGAAUCGUUCUCACCUGAAGAUGUACAAAAGCUUCAGCUAAUAUCCGGUUUUAAGACCCGACCCGAACCGAAAUCCGAAUCCUGUAGCUUGGACAACCCGAAUAGCACCAGUCCUAUUUUCACUACCGACGUUUCUGUGCCGGCCAAAGCUAGGAGCAAACGCUCACGCGCUGGAACGUGUAAUUGGGCCUCACGUGGGCUUCUCACGGAGACGGUUUACGACAACCCUUUCACCGGAGAAACCAUUCUCUCUAGCCACAACUUGUCUCCACCGACCUCGCCGCCACCACCACCACCGAUGGCUCAGGUUGCGAAAAAACAAGCCAUCGGUGGUGACGGAGGAUAUCGGCGGAAGAAAGAUGUUUCUUCCCCCGAGUCAUGUGGCGCAGAGGAGAGAAGGUGUCUCCACUGCGCCACGGAUAAGACCCCGCAAUGGCGGACAGGCCCAAUGGGCCCGAAGACGUUGUGUAACGCUUGCGGGGUAAGGUACAAAUCGGGUCGUCUGGUGCCGGAGUACCGUCCGGCCGCGAGUCCGACGUUUGUGCUGACUAAGCAUUCCAAUUCUCAUCGGAAAGUAAUGGAGCUCCGGCGACAGAAGGAGAUGAGUAAGGCCCACCAUGAGUUCAUACAUCACCAUCAUGGUACGGACACUGCCAUGAUUCUCGACGUUUCAUCGGAAAGUGAUGAUUACUUGAUCCACCACAAGGUUGGCCCAGACUUCAGACAGCUUAUUUGAUUUUUUUUUUUUUAAUCCCUUUUUAUUUUUUUUACCAAUAAUUUAAUUAGGGAUAUCUUUUUAGAAAUCAAAUUUUGCUAAUCUUAGAAUUUUGUUGAUGACAAUUUUACUCUCUUUUUUUUUAUUUAAUCUUCCCUUUAAUUUUUGUGUUAUUUUGGAAUUUGCUAGAAAACUUUUGUUGCAUUCCUCAUGACAUUUUUAGUUAAAUCUCUUUAUUUAUUUUUUUCUGUUAA